AUGAAAAGGAUUUAUUACACUAGAAUUAAUAAUAACAUUAACAAUGGGUUUCACUUACUUAAGAAAUAUUUUUGCAUAGAAAAAACCUCAAAAAAGGAAGACAUCGAGAAUUUUUUCAAAGAUUUAACAUCGGAUGAAAGUAAAACUUGGGAAUAUUAUAUAAAGGGAAUUAACCCAGAUUAUGAACCUAGAAAAGAAAUGUAUUAUUUUUUAAUAAAUCAAAAUGUAAAUGUUAAAAGAAUGACUGUGUAUGAAAUUGAAUGUUUCACAAAAUGGUUACAAAUGAGGAAAAUUUAUGGAAACAAAUAUCCUGCUUUCCCAUAUGAAAUAACAUUUGAAGAUAAAAUUGAAGAAUUAAAGGAAAAAUAUCCUCUACACAAAGAUUAA